CCAUCAGAGACCUCUCAACCUCUUCUGUGCACGUCGAAAGAAGCGGCACGGACGGGCGAAAGGGCACGAGGGAUCAUAUUCGCAGACCGAGGCCGCUUUCGACGGCGCUCAACUGCCGGUUGCCCUGGUCUGCUGCGCACGGCACUUUUCCCAUUAUUUGAUCGGGCCUCCCCUCGGGACAGGAGCUUCACAGAUAAGGCUUGAGGAAAGAAGAGAGGCGCAAAAAUGAUGGAGGUGCCCAAGUCGCCGGCGUCGGACGUGGGCAGUGGCUCGACGCUCUCGUGGAGCGAGCGCAUUCGAAGGGGCCACAUGCCGACAAAGCCGGACCUCCUCUGCAAGGACAACCGAGAGAAGUGGGACAGGUUCCUGGCGGCCUACCAGGCGGGCGACUGGGAAAAGGCGGGCCGGUGCGAAAAGCGAAAGUGUCCCCAGACGGCAAAGACGGUGCGGUGCCAGGCUGGGACAUUGAUGAGCAGCAUGGACUUCUUUACAAAGUACAAGUAUUUCAAGCCACCGCCGGUGCCCAAGGCGAAGAGACUGCAGAGGGAUGAGGCUUUGCGGCGGCAUGGAUUUACGGAGCCACAGCUGAGACCCUCGCUCCGUCGCUACAUCCGCCACGCAAGGAGUGUCUUCAAGGCGGACUUUGCGUCCAUCUCGGUUGCAUGCUCCGACAGCGACAAGAUCAUCUUCUUGGGCCAGGAGGGCAGCUUUUCCGACGCCAGCAUCGAGGCCCAGACGACGCUCGCGGGUCACGCAAUGCUCCUUGAAGCCGACCAGCUCUUUGUGAUACCCGACAUGGAGAAGGACUGGCGCUUCCAAGGCUUCAUGAUCGAGUCGCCCCAGUCAAGGCCUCUCCGCUUCUAUGCCUCGGCACCGAUCGUCCUCUCAGCACCACCCACGGGCGAGACCGACGAAGGUCCCGUUCAGGUCGGCCGCCUGACGAUUAUGAGCCAUGAACCGCGCGAGGACAUGGGUGACGAUGACUCGGAACUCCUCCUCGACAUCGCUCGCAUGGCCCAGGAAGCGCUGGAGAAUGAGUAUCUGGAGAUACAUGCGAAGAAGGUGCUCCAGAUGCAGCGCGAAGCCGCCAAGCUCGCGCACAGCUUUGACAUGAGCCUGACGCACGAGGAGAAUUCGAGCGAUGUACCAAAAGUCAACUCCCUGGGCAUCUCUUACUCGCCGAAGAGGGCUCAGGAGGCGGCCGAAUCCCUCUACACCAUUCUCAAGCCCAAUUCGGUCAUGACGGUUGACGUUUGUAACUUCCGCGUUGCACCAGAGAGACGGACGACAAACGUGAGCAUGGCUGCUUCGUCGCCCAGGAGCAGCAUCCACAUGGGCGGCUAUCCUGCCACGCCCUGGCUUCAACAGAGUACCACCAGCCCCGGCAGCUCGCCGUCUUCGGCCCCCAUGACGCCGCCACCAGAAGACCGUGGCCAUGCCGCCCUCUUCGGCUCUGAGUCCGCCUCGACGACGUCUGCAAGCAGCGUCCAUUCGGGCGAACGUAUCACAUCGCCCCUCGCCCCUCACAACCACCAUCCGCAUGACGUCUCGUCUCCGUCAGCUCCCAAGAGACUACAACGCAACACUUCGGGUGUUCACAGGGCCAGCAACAGCUUCUCAAACCACGGACACCACCAGCACAACCGCUCAACGUCCACAGCUCACAUGAGCGCCUUCUCGGCCAUCGAUGAAGAGACAUGUGUCGUUGAUGCCACCGCAGCUGCCAGCAUCAUUGUCAAAGUUGGCGAUGGCAAGACGGUGUCCAAUGUUGACUCUCCGGCCCAAACGUCGGCCAUCUGCUCGUUCCUGACCUUUAUUAAGAAGCACAGUAAGCAAAACAAGCCACUAGUCUAUUCUCCUCAUCUUCUCGACGAGUCGAGCUCGGACGAGGACGCGACGUCGAACAGCGAUGAUGUGGCAAAGAAUCCCCUGUCACUCCUUGUCUCGAGCGAUACCAAGGUGUACGCCACCAUUCCCAUCUUCACCGUCGACAAGAAGCAGCCACUUUUCCUCUGCAUCCUCAGCUGGAACUCUGUUGCUGCGCUUAACGACUCGGACAAGCUCUUCUGCUACACCAUUGGGAAGAUCGUUCAGGGCGCCAUCCUUCGUUCCUCGGCAAGGCACGCCGAUCGGGCCCAGCUCGACUUCAUCCGCUCUGUGCAGCAUGAGCUGCGCACGCCCCUCAACGGCAUCCUGGGCAUCACUGAUUUCCUGCGGCAAGGUCUCGUCAGUGGUGAGACGGCCCCAGAGAAGCUGGACAUGGGUGAAGAUGGACUGUUGGCGAGCUUGCUCGAGUCAAUUCGCCUGGCUGGUGUCAAUUUGUCGACGAUUCUCGAUGACGUUCUCGACUUUGGCGCCAUCAGCGGCCUGCGGACGGAAAGUAGCAUGAUCGUGACCCGGUCUGAAGAGGUCGAUCUGGUCCGCGAAGUUGAAGACGUCUGCCUCGACGAGCUCGAGUACAUGGCAAUGCACGAGCGCCAAGACCGGAGCUUGUUGCACAUCUACAGAGGUUUCUACGCCGUUCCCACCCUCGUCAUCAAGGUAGCACCCGAAUUGCGAAGGCGUUUCCGGACCGAUCGAUCCAAGCUCAAGAAGAUCUUGUCCAAGUUCAUUGCCAAUGCUCUUCGUUACUCGAACGAAUCGCAGGUCGUCGAGGUCAAGGUGACCCCAAACACAGCUACAAAUUCGCAUCGGGCAGACUGGACGGAUCAGUGGGCCGAUUUCGUGGUGCAAGAUACUGGCAUUGGGAUGAGCCACGACUUUGUGGCCAAUUCACUCCUCAAGCCCUUCGUCAAGGCUGAUUCGUUCAGUCAGGGCGUGGGUCUGGGCGUGACGAUUGCCGCCAGCCUUAUUUCUCAGAUGGGCGGGCGACUGCAAAUUCAAAGCGACCUGGGAGUGGGCACGCGUGUCAGUUUUACAUUGCCACUUGGUCAAGACCCUGACGGACCUUCGAGCAACCGUCGUUCCAUCUCGGGCAGCAGUGCCAGCGCUUCGGACAUGCACAUCAAGCCCUACCAAGUUCACACCGUCUACUUCCAUGGCUUUGAUGUCGAGGGCCACCGAAGUCUUAUCGACCUCAUCUAUGAGCGCUUGUCGGCCAAUGGCGUCAGGCGGACUCUCGAUGCCAAUGAGGCCGAUCUCAUGGUCGUCAUCGAAGCUGCCCCCGAGGCAAAUCAGGACGUAUCCCCGCCCAACGACAGUACACCCUCGCAAGUCGUCUCCCAGCACGACGUCCCGCUGCCUCGGGGUCCUCAUGCUCGCACCGUUGUUGUGACUCGCAACGCUCUCAAGCCUCGACCUUUGGACGUCUUUGAGGGACACCCCAUUGUCCUCUUCCGCCCGCCAUUUGGUCCCUCGUCGCUCGACACGAUGGAUGACUUCUUGCGUGAGGACCACCCGUUCGUUCUUCACCGAGCCCCGACGCCAAUGCAGGUGCAUGAACAUCAUUCUCAUCCUCCGCCACCAAUGUCGACCACCACAGCGCCCGAUACGCAGGCCGAAGUCGAGACCAAGAAGAAAGAGCCCACCCCAGUGCAAGACAAGCCCAAAGAGGCCAAAGUCCCCAAAGAAAAGAAGGCGGCCAAGAGCAAGGAGCAAGGCGACCGCGAUUGGCCACACGACGAUCGUCGAUUCAGGGUCCUGGUGGUUGAGGACAACCCUAUCAACAUGCGUCUGCUCACCACGCUCCUCGACAGGCUUGCGUUGCCCUAUGUCGAGGCAAAAGACGGCCUCGAGGCGGUGGAUCGAUACAAGAAGCUGCGGCCUUCUGUUGUGCUCCUCGAUAUCUCCUUGCCCCUGCUUGACGGUUUCGAAGCUUGCACGAGGAUGAGAGCACACGAUUUGGCGCACACGCCGCGCAUCAUCGCCGUCACCGCCCUCUCGUCUAAUGAAGACAAAGUCAAAGGCAUCGAGAACAGCGGCAUGGAUGACUGGCGCACCAAGCCACUCUCGAUCAAGACGCUUCGGCAGGAUAUUCUGGCCUGGAAGGAGGCCUGGGAUGACGUCCAUCUGGCCUCGGACUCAUCAUAACCGCUGUUCCGCCCUUCGUCUCUAUUAACCUCUUUUCUAUCUCUCUCUCUCUCUCUUUUAGGGUUUUACUUUGCUCUUUCGCUCAUGGGUCAUCGCUGUUCUCGCUCUCUUGCUUUUCCUUUCGAUCCGGGCCGCUCGAUUCAUGUCCUUUCCCUUGCUGUGCCCACCGUCAUCACUUCUCCCCCGGUCUUAUAUCUUGUGUAAUCGUAUCAUCCUUGCUGUAAAGCCAGACGCUUGUUCCCUU